UUGACACUGUCCUCCAGGCUGUGAGGGAGCAGGGAUGCAGUGAGGUGGAGAUCAACUGGAGGAGACAAACUCUCUCUGUCUCUCACACACGCGCACACGCUCACACGCGCGCGCACUGAGGCGGUCAUGCCGGGCAGGAUGCGGCCUCAGGAGGACCGGGGCAGCCCGGAGGCUCUGGACGCCCGCAGGCUGAAACAGGCGAUCCGGUUCCUGCACCGAGACUCCGCAGACCUGCUGCCGCUGGACGGGCUCAAGAAGCUGGGGACGUCCAAACAGGGGCAGCCACACACCAUCCUGCAGAAGCGGCUGCUGGAGAGCCAGCUGUCCCAGGGCAGGAUGAGGAUGUGUGUCCCUGCAAACGGUGGAGGGGGGGUGCUUCUGACCUGUGUUCCUCUGAGUCCAAAUGAAGAUGAGAGGGAGGAAGAUGACCUGAUCUAUGUGGCCUGCAAAUGCUCCGGACAGGAAGUAAAUGUUCUGAUCGACACUGGCUGCAGGCUGAACCUGGUGUCCUGGCGGACUGUGGAGAGAUUCGGUCUGAAGGAGCUGGUCGGAGAGGGCAGAAUGGAGAGGGCUGGAUCUCCGUUCCAGCGCCCCCUUCCCAUCAGCGGUCACAUCCAGGAGCUCGGCCUGACCAUCGGACGGGUCAGGCUGACCUGCUCGUUUGCAGUAGUGGAAAGUUCCAAGCCGCUCAUGUCCCUGGGCAGUAACACGUUAAAGUCCCUCAAGUGUGUCAUUGAUACAGAGAAGCAGAUGUUGGUGUUUGGAAAAACUGUGAGGGAACAGAUUCCGUUCACCAAGAAGCCGUUCAACUGAAGGGACCCGGACCUCUGACCUUUGUGGUUUAACAAACACACAAACAUCUACUCACACACAAACACAGAAAAAAAGCAAUAUAAAUAUUAUUCAGUUUGUCAUUAAAAAAGCUUUAAAAAAAUACAAACAAAACACGACGAACAUCUACUUGUUUCCCCCUAUUU